UGUCAUUGUGACUCGCCUGUUAUACAACACCUGUGGUGUUUGUGGCCGGUGUUUGAUUUGGCUUAAGCUGUUCAUCACAAGUUUUACAACUAUACUAUCCCAGCUCGACUACUGCACAAUGGCCGACGGAUUCCAGGAGGGGGCGGAUAACGCCGAGCCAGACGACUCGGCAUACCGGAGGAUGAUGAGCGAGGAGCUGGCAGCUCAGUGGGACGACGCCUCGGACAUGUCGGACAGGAGCUGGUCGCUGGGUCAGUCCGUCGUAGAAUCUGGAUUCGGCAGCAUCACCGAGACCCCAUGUAGGAAGUGUACUCUGGCAGAGGAGAUGUUCCUGUGCCCGGAGAGCAGGACCUUCUGGGAGAGGAUUCCGAGCAGCGUGUGUUGCAGGAGGAUCUGGAAAGAUUUCAUAGACACAUUUCGAGAGGACUUCCCUGAAGAACAGGCGCUAGUUAAGAAGCGAGUGAUGAACAUCUUUAAAUGUCUCCUCGGUGUGGAGUAUCAAGAUCUUGGAGAGAUAGCUGUUGAAGAUUUCCUCAGACUGAUAAGAUUUUUCGGUCCGUUCAGAGCAGAGGAGGACAGAUGUGUGGUGGUCAAACAGAUAGAACAACUUGUCGAAAACUCGUUCCAGAAAUCUAAAGACAAGAAGUCCAAGAUAUGCUGGUUCGGGGGAUACAUGACACGCUCGGAGGCGGAGACAAAGCUGAAGGACCAGAAACCAGGGACGUUCCUCAUCAGAAUGAGUGUGACAGAAGGGGACGCUGGGUGCUUUGCCCUUGGCCUGGUGAUGCUGGACAACACCAUCGAACACUUCCAAAUCAAGGGUCACCCUGACGAGGCUGUGACCAUGCACCCUUUCAGUCUGGAAUUGGAGUUCAAAGGUCGUCACUUCAGCAGUCUGCCGGACCUGGUAAACAAUUGUUUGUGCCAAGAGGUCAUUGCCUCCGAAUCAGAGAAUCCAGAAAAUGGCGUCCGUUGUUCCAUCAUCUGCCCAGGCCUGCCCUACAACCAGAUUAUCAACGGUUACAAGUGCCCCGCUCGAUAAACACGAGAAAAAACUGUUACACUGUAGAUUUGAUGGUACGUGGUAGAACUCAUUCUCACCUGAUUAGUGUUGUUCUCAUAAUGUGUCUUGGCUACGGAUUUAUGUUACCGCAUAUUUAAGUCAUUCGCAAUCAAUGUCAAUUGUUGUAACCAGUUUUGACAGAUGGGUGUGUGAGUAAGGCUUUACUCCGCUUUGAACACCUUUCCAGCUAUUUCACGGCGGAGGACACAAGAAAUGUGCUUCACACAUUGUACCCAUUUAGUUUGACAAAUGAAUCAGAUGCACGUGCACGGUACAAUGUGUAUGCCAACUGUUCAUUUGAACGUUCAAGUUCAUAUAAUUGAACGCUUUGUUUGGUUGUGAAUCCAUUUAAUGGAUGCAAAUUUAUAUACAAAUAUACAUGCUCCUACUGUCAGUUGAAAGUCGCGGGGAUUAUUGGCAUAAUCACCUAAUUUCAAUAGCUCGACGCACUGGAAAUGGCUGUAAUAAAUUGUGUGGGUACCGCAAUACGCCAACCUCAGUUAUACAACUACAAAAAAGACAAGGACCAUCCAUCUUUCAUAUUGCUAUAUUACUAUGGUUAAAAUGUCACAAUUUCAUAGUGGUAUAUCUAUAGCCAUAUAUUUUGCGAUAGUUAAUUUACGCCGUUUUAUGACAAAUUCUCCUAUUUCGAUUGCUGUUAGCCAGUUUUUGUUUAACUUGCACGAUUUAGCAAUUUGUUUCUUGAUAGGCGGUAAUGUAAUCAAGCCCGAGUAGUCAUAACGAAAGGUUAAUAUGAAUUAAAAUGUGAAUCGAUCCACGGGAAGUCGAAUCGUGUUUCCUGGCCUCAGGUGUAAGUUCGUGAUGCAGUCUGUGAAUUCUUAAACCUUUAUCAAAAAUAUGCAGUUGACUCCGUGGCAUUUGUUUUGCUAAAAAAGCAGUUUUGAGCAUGUAUGUGUCCAUAAACCAUCUGGCCACGCUCACUGACGGAUUACUGUUUCCUGAUUGGCUUAAAGGAUGGGCGGGGCUUGUGUAUUGCGCUGAAUGAUGUCACGGAUUCCUUAAUGUUGUGUACAGUAUUUUGUGUUAAUGAUUAUAUAAGCAACCCUGAUGUGAUUAUUGUUGACAUAUUUAUGAUUUGCGCACACUUUGCGUAAAUCCACUACCCUGAUUUACACAGCAUGCACAUCAGUUUUUACACUCACCUACAUAAAGGCAAAGCGAUAUUGAGUGAGUGAAUAUGGUUUUACGCCACUAGGCUACCCGACCGCCCCGAAAAGCGAUAUUGAAAUCUUAAAUCAGGUGUGAAUGUAUGUUCAAAACCUGAACCUAUUCAAGCAGUCGCAAUGACUUUUCUUUUAAAGUAUUCCACUCAAAGGUUUUCCAUAUUCAUAUUGUUGUGUGGACAGCAUCAUUAAUGAAAUUCAUGUUUAUAUCAAGUAGACAUCCUGUCAGAGAGUUGGGCUGAGUGGGAAAAUGUUAUGUUGCUAUUAACAUAGGGAUAAUGGACAAAGUUUCACAAAUAUUGUAUCACUUUACAGGCCACAUAUUAAGGAUUGGAAAUAGAGAAUAUCACAAACUUGCAGACCAUGUUCCAGUAUUUUAAACCUGCCAAGGGUCAAACUGAUAACACAUUUCGGACAUGAUCAAGGACCAGUAUCUCUCGUUGUGCUGGUCAGAUAGAGUUAGGCAAACAAAUCUAAGACGUUAAUAACUUUAUCUGUAUCUGCAGCUGUUUAUCGUUCACCAUCAUCACACCUACCACCUAUACAUUCAUGGCAUACUAGUAACUGGUGGGCUAUUAUUCUUACGCCACUUCACUCAUAAACACUUUUAUCAUCAAUGCUUCGAUCAAACUAUAUUAUAUAUUUGUGUAGAGAUUGCGCCAUUAAAGUUCAUAAUAAUAACUUUAUAAUUAUCGUCAGUUUAAUCAGAAAAUGAGAUUAUCUGUAGAAGCUAGAAUAAGUAUAAAUCCGGACUGUCUAAUAAACUGAUUGUUUAUUCACUCAAACGUUACCAUCUUGUACGAUGUUAAAUCUGAACUAUAUGCUUAUACCCUUGGCAACGCAUGCAAAUAUAUUUGGUAAAUGAAAAUGUCAUACUUUUUUUAUCCGAGCUAUUCCCAUUAAUAAUACUGCGGUGAAUACAUUAGGCCAAUUCUGUUAAGUUUAUUACGUUGUUUACUUUCUUGAAUAUGUAUAGUGGCUGAACCAGAAUUAGCUUGCUUAAAUGCCCAGGUAAUGUAUUAGUGUGUCUAUCAUAUGUACACUGCUGCAUUACGUUGUGUACCUUGGGAUAUGUGUCGUGACUGAUGUAGUAUGUAUUUUUGUGUAAUGAUUCUAUGUCGGGUACCUCGCAUAUAUGUACUUCUAUGACUGAUUGUAAACGUGCUCAUUGUAAACAUUUCUGUUGUUUGAUUAAAUAUUAGAUUCAUUCUGUGGCUGUUUAAUAAAAUGAUUGUUUAUUCA